AUUCGAGGCUUGGGCCCCGCUGCUGCAGUCUGCAUCCAAACAUGGCCCACGGAGGAGGCAUUAGCUCGAUGGCCGGGCUGGAGGAGAAGCCAGCGGCCUGUGUGGCCAGCAGCACGGCCUUGGCCAUUAGGAACUCGACCAUAAUCGCCCAUCGGCUGUCCAUUUACCUGCCCCAGCUGCUGCUGCCCUCUCGGGAUCCCCAGAAGCUCAUCACCGAAAUCAACUGCUACGUGGCCCAGUUUCGGGAGCUGCUCAUCUUUAUUGGCCAGGCGCGCGAUUCCCCAGAGCUGCGCGAGAAGAUCAGGAAGCUGAGGCGCAGCUGUGUGGAUGCCUGCAAGCACACCGCCCACUUAAUCACUCCCCAGCCGCGCCACUGCCUGGGCAGUCCCAGUGAAAGGAUGCACUUGACCCUGCUCUACCACCUCACGCUGCAGUUUCAGCACGAGUUAAUCAAGAGCCAUCGUUUGAUCCAACUGGUGCCCCUGGACAUGACGGAGUACUAUGCUCCUUCCCGCACAGCUCCAUCCAAUCUGGGCAAUGUCAUCAGCCAAUUCCUGCUGUGCAAGCAAAUAAGCCCCGACUUCCAGCAGGAGGAGCUGUGCAGCAUUGUAAAGGACUCGCAGGAGCUCAGCGAGCUUUUGGAGGAGCUGCAGGCCCACAUGCCCUUGACGGAGGCAUCUCCGGAAUCCGACCUGGAUCCAGCACAGAAAUCUGAAAGCAGUCUUGUUUCCCUCAACACUCCGGAAUGGUAUGCCCGGCAGCGCAGGAGGAGUUGCAAGAGCCGGAGCCGUGGUCUUUGCUGCUGCCUGGCCAAGAACCCAGCCAGAACCUUUUAGAAAGAG